AUGAGCCACAGGACCUCCUCCAGUUUCAGAGCGGAGAGAAGCUUCCACUCCUCCUCCUCCUCCUCCUCCUCGGCCGCCCGAGCCCUCCCAGCCCAGGACCCACCCAUGGAGAAGGCCCUGAGCAUGUUUUCUGAGGAUUUUGGCAGCUUCAUGCGGCCCCACUCGGAGCCCCUAACCUUCCCAGCCCGCACCGGGGGGCCGGGCAACAUCAAGACCCUCAGAGAUGCCUAUGAAUUCGCAGUGGACGUGAGUGACUUCUCCCCGGAGGACAUCAUCGUCACCACGUCCAACAACCACAUCGAGGUGAAAGCUGAGAAGCUGGCGGCGGAUGGCACGGUCAUGAACACCUUUGCACACAAGUGCCAGCUGCCCGAGGACGUGGACCCCACAUCCGUGACCUCGGCCCUGAGGGAGGACGGCAGCCUCACCAUCCGGGCGCGGCGACACCCCCACACAGAGCACGUCCAGCAGACCUUCCGGACAGAGAUAAAAAUCUGA